AUGGUCGGCUUAUAUCCAACUGGCAACAAUCAAACUCCCGAUACACCUCGAAUUGAUAUUCAGCGACACGUGCCCCUUAUGGAUCCGAGUAGUAGUUGUGGUGGUGGUGGCGGUGGUGAAGGCGGUGGCGUAAGUAGUACUGUUACUGACAAUGUAUCAAAUCCACAGGGGACAGCGGGUACUCAAGCCUACUCUGGCGGAUUAGAUGAAUUCUCCCAUAUACCUGCAACGGACUACUGUGGAGGAAUUCCAAAUGCGGAUGUUUUUCAGUCCUCCGAUUAUGCGUCGUAUAAUCAGGCAGUGGGCUUCAGGCCCUUUGAGGCGGCUGGAGAAAUGCCUGUGGAGAACAGAUGCUGCUACCCCACAGGUGGUAGUGAGUUGGUGAGCUUGAACCAAAAUGGCAGACUGGGAAACCUGUUCAGAUCCGCGGGAUUUCAAAAUAUGGAUCUUAAAGCUUCAUCGCCUCCCCCAAAGUAA